AUGAGUCAGAAGAAAAAAUCCGAAAUUUCACGCCUGCAAACCACCCUGGAUCAUCAAACAAAUUCUGCUGCAGGAAUAUCUACCAUCUAUCCGAGCGACUCUGUGUUGCAUGCUGCCAACCCACCCCCAGCACGUUCAGUAGUAUCUACAACUGAAGCCCAGCCCCCCCAGCCCCGCCCCGAUCAAUACCCAUUUGAGAUUCUAUGGGAAUUUGAUGACUGCAAAAAGGACGAGGACGCUGGACUAACAGCUCAGAACCCCGCUCAACCUGCAAUGGAACGUGCUGUCCGGCAUGCUGAUGGCACCAUGAUCUCCAGCAAGGAAUGGACCGCCAUCAAAGCUACCACCCGUAAACGGUCGCAAAAUUACUAUCAAUCUGCGUACCCGGCUCAGUGGGCAGCUAUCAUCCAAGAGAUGGAGCAGCAACAGCCACUGCUAACUCUAUGUUCAAACCAUUGGAAGGCUGAACAUGUCCUUGGCCAAAUGUUGAGGUCUAGUAAGCUGGUUGAUGAGGUGGCUAUUAGCAACAACGAUGAAGAUGCAACUCUCAUUGCUAUCCCGUCAGGAACAGGAACAGGAACAGGAACAGGAGCGGAAGCUCAAAAACAACGUCGAGCAAGGUCGAGUGUCUCGGAAACGGCGAAGAAACAACGGCCAGUGAGCAGCACAGCUCCAAAGGCCAUGUCAGAGGUACAGAUGAGGAUGGACAACUCAUCCUCGGACACAUUGAUGCCUCCACCCACUACCGGCCAAUUUUCAGUACCUAUUCAAAAAUCACUUCCUCCCCCAUCAUUUCUGUCUGUCUCCUCAAAUAAAGGGUCCAAAAAAUACAACGUCGACUUUAUAGAGGUCAGCUCCUCUAUCCUUGACUUGAAAACUAUCAUAACUCGCAACUUCGACUCCAACUCCUUCGGUAUCAACCUUUUUGACGCUAUGGAACUCUCUACAGACUUCUCCCCCGGCCCCCCUUCCUCUCUUAUGCUUGAAUUUAUUGAGCGCAUUGAGCGUGCUGACCCCAAUUCCCCUGAAUUCGAUGAGGAUGACCAUGGUAAUUGCGAGACGGCAAGACGUCUAAUCGCUGCAACGAUCAAGACCUGUAAAGUUGCGAGGCACAUAUGUUUCCAGGAAAAGAUUUUGUCCUUGACCUUCCUUGCCGACAACUAUCUCAACAAUAUACUCAAACAAAUCUGGGCUGCCUGGAAGGCAGCUGGAGGACCGGUAUCUAAGGGAAAGGCUUCUUCAACGGUCUCUAUGACAUCAGCCUCUGUGUCUUUCAUUUCGGCAGCUACAGAACCCCCCUCUUCUGUCUUGUCAGCAUCGGCUCUCACUUUCCUUGCCUCAGUGGCCACCUCUGUCUCGUCGAUGGAACAAUCCACAGUGGGUGGGUCAGAUUUGGCCAGCAAAGAUAAUUGUCGUGCAGGGUUACAAUUUACAGAUCUGGUCGCCGUUAUCCUGGCCUUACCUAUCAAGAAACAGCCCUCCGAGGUGGAAGUCGAGUCUAUUAUGUCCAAGGCAAGUCACCCGCUAUAUCUCUUACUAAACUACUAA